AUGGCACAGAGAGGGUCAUCAAGGAGAGACUCAGUUGUUUGUUCAUUAGAAGAAAAAAAUAAACAAAAAGAGAGAGCUGAAAGUGAUAGAUCAAAACAAAAGUCAGAAAAGGGUAAAGAAAAAACAUCAGAUCAGUAUCACUAUGAAACAGAUUUUGAUCAGUUUAUAACUGAAAUUAAGCAACUUUUCCACCAAUUUGAUGAGAAAAUAGAUAAAAGAUUUGACAGGUUAGAUUCAAAAUUUACUAAAGUAUUUGAAGACCUAAAGAAAGAAAUGAACCAGAUAAAAGUAGAAGUUAGUGACACAAAAAAUGAGAUGAAAGACAUCAAACAUAAAGUCACAGAGCUUGAGCAAAGUGUAGGUUUCCAGGCUGGAAAAUAUGAGGAACUUGAGGACAAACAAGAUGACAAGAUUAGAAAACUACAUGAGCAUUUAGAUGAGAUGAAAAGAAAACUUCUAUUAUUAGAGAAACAUGACAGGAAAAAUAACCUACUUUUCUAUGGCUUUCCAGAAGAACAAAAUGAAGAUUUGAAGGCAACAUUGAAAACUUUUUUUAAAGAUAAACUUGAAAUAAAUGAUGAAAAGGUCCAGAAGAUUGAUUUCACAAAUUGUCACAGACUUCCUUAUGAUGGUGCUGGACCAAAACCAAUAAUUGCAAGAUUUGUUUAUUUUGAAGAUAGAGAACUGAUUUAUUCAAAAGCUUUGAUGCCAAUUUUUAAAAAUGAAAGAAAAAGGGUAUUAACAGACUUACCUACUGAACUAAAGAAAACUAGAGCAAAACUUGCAAAAGAGGCAUACACAAUUAGAAGGUCUGAAAGGCUCAAAACAAGAAUUUUAGAGAAAGGGCUGUCAGUUUAUUUGGAAGUGAGAAGAACCAAGGAGGAUAGCUGGGAGAGAAGAGAACUAUAUGAUUAA